CGGCUUUUUUUUUUUAAUGUGAUUUAUUCACCGUGUCGAUUUAAAGGCGUCUAAUGACAUGUUGUCAUGACAGCGGAGGAAUAAAUCUCGUGGAAGCCCGUGGAGCAGAUCUGAUGCAGGAGGCAUGACGGGCCAUGGCGGAGGAUCGUGUUGAAGAAGCUCCGAAAGGACCGCACGUUUGAUUCCCGCGCACCCACGCCUCGGUGAGGUGGACUCCAUACAUGGGCCCCCAGGUCGAUCGUUAAACCCACGUGAGACGUUCGAACCCGGAUGGGAUGUAAUGUUGUGUGGCCGUGGAGCUGGAGCACCGGUCUCCUUCUCCGCUGCUUCGUCGAGAUUGGCUUCUGGUGUCCGGGGAAUGGCGCGCUUUGGGGACGAGGUGCCGGCCAGGUACGGCGGAGGCCCCGGUGGAGGGGGCCCCCGGCGCCGUGGUGGCGGCGGCGGCAGGCAAGGAGGACCCCACGGACAUGCGCACGGACACGGGCACGGACAUGGCCCUGGCCACGGCCCGCCGGGGCCCGGGGCCCAGAGAGUGUACAAGCAGUCUAUGGCGCAGAGAGCCCGGACUAUGGCCUUGUAUAACCCGAUACCAGUGCGCCAGAACUGCUUCACCGUCAACCGCUCCUUGUUCAUUUCAGCGAGGACAACUUUGUGAGGAAAUACGCCAAAAAGAUCACCGA